UAUCUUCCCAUAUUUUCGAUUCGACUCUAUCUCAUUCCCGAGAUUUAUCAAAUUAGAAAAAAUACUAAUGUGUAUGCUUAGUUCAUUCUCGUUUUGAUUAUAGCUGAAGACAGUAGUGAUGAUUACUCAAUCCUUGCAAGCAAUGAUUAACCAAUCAACAAACACUGAAAAAACCAUCAUUUCAAUCAUAAAAUCACCUUCAAUUCGGAAAAAACAAUUACUUCAGUUACAUGCUCAUCUCAUUUAUACUUCUUUUAUUCAAAACCCCACUGUUUCAUUUUCUUUGUUAUCUCGUUUAUUAAGUUCUCUAUCGUUUGAUUUAGCAUAUUCUCGCCAAAUUUUUGAUCAGGUGAAGAAACCCAAUGUUUCUCAUUAUAAUGCCAUUAUUAGAGCUUACUCAAUGAGCAUAAACCCAGUUGAGGGUUUUGUUUUGUUUCGAGAAAUGUUGCGAAAGAAUGUAAGGCCAGACUCUAUGACUUGUUCGUUUGUUACUAAGGCUUGUGUUAAAGGGUCUUCGUUGUUUGGUGGGUUACAGAUUCAUGGUUGGGUUUUGAGAGCUGGGUGUCACUCGGAUUGUCUUUUGAUGACUGGUUUGAUGGAUUUUUAUUCGAGUUUUCGGGUAGUUGGUGAUGCUUGUAAGGUGUUUGAUGAAAUUGCUAGGAGGGAUACUGUGGUGUGGAAUGUGUUGAUUUCUUGUUGUAUGAGGAAUGGGCGUACGCGGGAUGCAUUGGAUGUGUUUGAUAGGAUGGAGAGGGCGGAAUGUGGGUCGAGACCGGAUGAUGUUACAUGUUUGCUUGUUCUGCAGGCGUGUUCGAAUUUAGGAGUAAUUGAGUUUGGUGAGAGAGUUCAUAAUUAUGUUAGGGAACACGGGUAUGAAAAAAUGAAGAAUGUUAGUAAUUCUCUUAUAGCAAUGUAUUCUAGGUGUGGAGAAAUGGAGAAGGCUUAUGAAGUUUUUAAGGGGAUGGAUAAUAAAAGCGUUGUUUCGUGGAGUGCAAUGAUAUCAGGUUUGGCUAGUAAUGGAUUUGGAAGAGAAGCUAUUGAAGCGUUUGGGGAUAUGCAGAAGACGGGUGUUAUGCCUGAUGAGCAAACAUUUACUGGUGUACUUUCUGCUUGUAGUCGCUCUGGCCUGCUUGAUGAAGGUCGGGUGUUUUUCAAUAGUAUGAGCAAAGACUUUGGAAUAACGCCUAAUAUUCAUCACUAUGGAUGUGUAGUUGAUCUGAUGGGUCGAGCAGGUCUGCUUGAAGAGGCUUAUAAUCUUAUACUUUCUAUGAGUAUCAAACCAGAUGCAGCUCUGUGGAGGACUUUACUGGGUGCUUGUAAAGUUCAUGGUCAUGCAGAACUUGGAGAACGUGUAGUCGGACAGGUGAUUGAGCUCAAGGCUUGGAAAGCAGGAGAUUAUCUACUACUUCUGAAUAUAUAUUCUUCAGCAGGUGACCAUGAAAAGGUUUCAGAAGUUAGGAGAUUGAUGAGGGUGAAAGGAAUUAGAACUACCCCUGCUUCUUGUACAAUUGAACUGAAAGGAGAUGUGCAUUCUUUUGUUGCCGAUGAUAUCUUGCAUCCAAGAAAGAAAGAGAUCUAUGAUACCCUUGAAGAGAUAGAAAAACAACUGAAGAUUGCUGGUUAUGUUACUGAAAUAACAACCGAGUUGCAUAAUGUGGAUGCUGCAGGAAAUCAGUUUCGGUUUUCUUAUCAUAGUGAGAAGUUGGCAAUUGCUUUUGGAGUUCUCGCGACUCCACCUGGUACAAAGAUUAGAGUUGCAAAGAACCUAAGGACCUGCGCUGACUGCCAUAAGUUUGCAGAAAUAUUUUCAGGGGUUUAUAACCGUGAGGUGGUGAUCAGAGAUCGCGCCUGCUUUCAUCAUUUCCGGGAAGGGCAUUGCUCCUGCAAUGGAUAUUGGUAGCCUUAUACGGGAGAUAGUUUUUGAAACAUAUUGUGCAAAAUGCAUCCGCAAAUCCAGAUUUCGCGACAUCUGUUACAACAUAGUGGUAAAGCAGAUGUUGCGGAUAUGUCAAUAGUUUGAAAAUUAGAGUUAUUGAGACUGCAAAACAAGAGAACUUCUGGUCUAUUAGCAAAAUGCAAGAUUUGUUUCUUUUAA